UAUUGGAACCUCUCUAACGCACCCAGGACGUAUUGGAACCUCUCUAACGCACCCAGGAAUCUUUUAAAACUACAAACACCCAGGAAGUACUAACGUUCCCAGAAUUCUAUUGCACCCAACAACGCACCCAGAACUCCAGGACUCGGUAACGCACUCGGAGCCCACAAACACACUCAGGAACCCCCACAUUGGAUACGCUAACACACUCAGGACCCAUUAAUGCAAUCAGAAUACCAGGACUCAAUAACACACUCAAGUCACCACAAGAACCAGAAACGCCCCUUGGACCCUUUUAACACACUCAGAACGCACUAAAGCACCCCAUAACACCAGGAUGGAGACGGAGGUAGCGUUACUGUGGGGUUUUCUCCUUUUGAUGCUGUUGGCUGUGGCGACUGUUGUUGGUCUGUUGGUCCACUCUGGUCUGUUCAUCCCUGUCGACGUGAAGACUUGCAAGCCAGACUUGGGGGAAGUCUACAUCGCCUACAAGUUUGCCCGCGGUCCUUACAAAGAGUCCGGGACGCUGUUUACUCAAGUCCACACUCUCCUCCCCGACUACCGUACCAUUGGGGUCUAUUAUGACGAUCCCAAGAUGAAACAGUCACACAAGCUGCGUUACAUCGUGGGCGUCGUCCUGUCUGAGAAUGGCAGCCCCGUUGUACCGGAGCACCGCAACUUACUGGAGGAACACGGCUAUCAGUUCACCACCUUCCCAGCCAUCGAUCAUGCAGUCCAGGCCUCUUUUCCCUACAACAGCACCAUCUCUAUCAUUGUUGCCAUCAUGAAGGUUUAUCCUGCCCUGCGAGAAUAUGUCGAGACUCGUAGCUUGUGUGCCCAUCCAUUCCUUGAGGUGUACGACAGCAAGAAGACUGAGAUUCUCUUCGUGGGUCCGCUCGCUCGCCAGGACGACUUCUACGUGCCAGAGGUCCAGCAGGAGGAAGACGAUGACCACCGGGAUGACUACGAGGACGAUGACCGCACAGAGAACUCCAGUCGUUCGUGGGACGAGUCAGCCUCGUUCAUAAGAGGCGGUGAGCUGAAUGAUUCUGAGUGUUCAGAAAGUGUGGGUGAUGACAGUUGCAGUUACCCACCACCUCCUUGUGAAGCACCAACUGAAUCAUCCACACCCCCUUCACUACCUAUCCCUUCACAGCCAGAUGAGGUUGUUGAGACCCCAGCUGCUCUACCACCACCUCCACCACCACCUGCUGACACUGCUGACCCUACUGAAGCUACUGCUGAUGUGGCUGACACUGCUGAGUCAGCAUCUCUGGGUGGGGAGGAGAGCGAUGCCAACACUGGUUCGUCGUUUGAGGAAAUUGAUGAGAAAGAGGCAGCAGCCAUUCCCGACAUGAGUGCUCCAGCAGAGAGUCGGGAGACGAACCUUAAAAAGGACGAGGAUGAGGGGGAGCGGUAAGUUACCGGCUGAGGGGGGAUGAGGUUCCAGCUGAUGAGGGGUGAGGUGCCAGUUGAGGGGGAUGAGUUGCCGGCUGAGGGGGGGGGGAUGAGGUACCAGCUGUUGUGGUUUUCAGUUCCUGCAAAAAAAAAGAUUGAAAGCAACACAACUGAAACUCAAGAGGCUGCCUCAAUCUUGUGGGGGUGUGAUAGUGUUAACAAAAUGCACUUAAAGUUAACACAAUCACCAAAGUUAACACGGGAUCAUUUGAGUUAACCCAAGCCUACCAAAGUUAAGGUAGGUUCAGUAACGUUAACACAGGAUCAGCAUUAAGUUUGGGUAUUGAAAGUGAAGGCUGUACUGUACUGCUGUCAUUGGAAUAACCUCUCCAAUAGUGAUAGAAUGUGAGGAAUUUUGAUAUAAUAAAUUUAAUGUGAAUAUAAAUGGUAAGAUAGAUAUUGUAAUUUAUGUUAUGUUUUAUAUUUGUAGUCACACCGGCCCACAGAUGUACCAAUAGUACUGUACUAACUUAUAACUAACUCUCAACAUAGGGGCCCAGUUCAGCUCCCUGUGUUAUCUUUAUAUCACCUCAAUAGUUUCAUUAUCAGAUGUACAAAGCACGUUUUCUGAUAUUAUUCAAAUACUUUUAGCAAAUUGUUGAAUAUUGUACCAGAAAUGAUGACUAUGAACAUUCUAUAACAUUCCAAGAGUGUGAGAGAAUUGGUCAUUUUUGCAGGAAUGUUUAUUGAUGUUGACUCACGAUGUUUAGACACAGAUAAAUGAACAAAUAUUCUAGUACACCAUUUACGUCCAUUCGGCUUAACUCGUGGUGGUCAAGCUUUGUGAUGCCUAAGCUUGAGCUGAAGAUUUUAUGAUUAGUAAAGCACAAAAAAGCCACACUUGCUGGUCGGUGGUUCGGUAGUGAGCGCGGCGAGGAGUACAUAACGAUUUGGGUUGUCCAUUCUGCUCAUAACCCCAUUCUCAAAAAAGUUCCGAGGCAUCGCCAACGUCUUUCUAAAAACUGAACGGGAAUUGUUAAACCGUUAAAUUGGAAGUCGACCACCUCUCAUGUUGAUUGUCUGCCUAGUGUGGGGUAUAGGUAGUAGUGUUCUCGCAGAUAGCAAUAAAAUAAACGUAGACAGGAUACACAUCUCAGUCUAGGGGUUACCUCGGCUAUACUACUAGACUACACUAGGGGUAACCUCAGCACUAUUUUGGCAUUUAGAACUAAUUUAGGUAGGCAGUAUCCUAGUACGUAUUGUACCAUUGUGGAUUGAUUUAUAUAGGAGAGCUAUUUAAUGCUAGCUAUUGGAAGAGUGAUUUACUACUUAUUAAAAAGAGUGAUUUACUUAGGUAAACAUUGUCCGAUAUUUAGGAUAGAGUGUUUUGUUUGUCGUGUUGCGUGUUUAGGUCUUAAUUUACACUAAACAUGUGAACAUAUUUAUUGAAUAUCUCAUAAGGAAACUGAAAUAAUGUCUCCAAGCUCUUGUCUGUUUGUCAUAAUCUAACCAAACCUUAUCCUAACUUAACCUAACCAAACCUUAUCCAAACUUAACCUAACCAAACCUUAUCCUAACUUAACCUAACCCAACCUUAUCCAAACUUAACCUAACCUUGGCUAUUUUAUUUUGUAUUUUCAUAUGAGAAUCGUAAAUAAAUAAUCCUUCACAUGUUACUGACUCUCCACUAAUUAGGUUUCUGUACCCCGGGAAAAGCUCGAGUCGCACGUACAGUAUUCGUAAUUUAGCGAACGUGUAGAAAACCUUACAGUGCGUCUCGGAGUUCGUGCAUCGUGGGAAUAUUGACCUUCUUUUGUUUUUCAUUUAUUCGCCAAGGGAACAAUAAUUUAAAGGAAGAUGGUGGAGUAAUAGAACGAGUCUCCUUUGGUUGUUUAUUUCUCGGCCAUCUUUAUUGAUUUGUUGUCAUUUGGGAAAGAAAAAAGAAAAGAGAUGAAAUUUAAUCUUCCUAUAGUGUGUGACAGAGAGAGAGACAGAAAAAGACAGAGAGAAAGAAACAGAGAGAGAGAAAAAGAAAAGGAGAGAAAGAAAAAAAGAGAGAAAGAAAAUGAGAGGGAGAGAAAGAAAAAAGAGAGAAAGAGAAAGAAAAUAGAGAAAGAAAGAGAGAAAGAGAAAGAAAAAGAGAGGUUAUGAGUAAUAUAUUCUAUAAAUUAUAUCCACCAGAGGUAUAUAACUCGCACGUGCUCGGGUGAUUCACUCGGAAGUGCUCUCAGUAUCACGGAGGUUAGCCAGUCGAGGCAGUUCUUUGUCCCAUGAGGAUUUAGUAUGUGGUUUAUGCUGUUUGUUUUGUAUGAGACCUCAUGUAGGAAUCAUUGUUUAUUUUCCCUGUGAUUAUUCUUCCUAAUGCUUACCUAACCUAACCAUAACCUAACAUAACCUAACCAUGACCUAACUCUCCCUCAUAUAGCAUUGAGUGUUUAAUCAUCAGGUGAAAUAAACAUGGAUUCUUAGUCAUCAUGAGAUACCUUGAAAGUUGUAUUGAUCGUGUAGCCUUGGUGUGUGUGUGUGUGUGUGUGUCAUUGCCAGGAAAUUAUUUAUGUUGAAUUUGCCGUCGUUACAUUUUUUCUAUUUGUAUUACAUUAUAUAAACAAAGGUAAUAUUAUUUUAAUCAUCUGAAUUAUUAUUAAGGAGAUUUAGAAUAUUUUUGUUAGGCUUUAAUUUUCAAAGAAAGUUCAUCGUGUUUUAAAUGUUUGACUUAUGAAGGAAAUACUAUACAGAGUUGUUGUAGAUACAGUGUAUAAUUUUCAUAUUAAAUUUAUAAAUAUUUUUAAUUUCACUGUAGACACUAUAUAUCAAUCAGAAUUUUGGAAUGACUACCUGUUUUGUUUUGACAGUGUAUUUAUUAUUUUGGUAUAAUUCACAUCAUUAUAGAUGUUAUAAUAUUUGGUAUAAGUCAUAGCAUUAUAGGUGUUAUGACAUUGAUAUAAUCCCUAGCAUUAUAGAUGAUAUAAUUUUUGGUAUACACUGUACAGUAAUUCACGGCAGUACUUCAAUGAGUUCUAAUGGCGUAACCUUUCAUACAUAAAACUAAACUAUACUAACACCUUCAUUCAGUAAACCUCCUGAGUGAUAUUAUGCCCCGCUGAUGCUCCUCGACUAACAGACAUUCAGACUUGUGAACUUUUAGAGAUACUGUACUGUAAUAAAUCUGUCCAUAUAUCCCAUUGACUCUAUAUUGAAAUAGUGUUAAAGUAUUAAGAUAAGAGUCCUGUACUGUAUUAUUGGGGAAUGGCUUUAUUGAUUUGUGUAUUUAUUAAUUAUUAUUAUGUUCAGUAUCAGAGUUCAGUUCGAGUUAUGAUUAAAUGAUUUAUGGACGAGGAAUGUCGCUCAUUUGUAACUAGAGGGGCAGUUGUAUAUUUCCUGUCAUAGGGAGAAAGUAGGGAGUGUUUGGGGGUUAUAGGGAGAAAGUUGGGAGUGUUUGGGGGUUAUAGGGAGAAAGUAGGGAGUGUUUGGGGGUUAUAGGGAGAAAGUUGGGAGUGUUUGGGCAUUGUAUAAUCUAGUAAUGGGUACCGGGCACUUUCACACACUGGAUGACGUACAAAACAACAGUGGCUUGUUUUUAUAAAGUAUUACGAUAAUGUAGUGAGUGUGUAGCGAGUAAUUGUCCAUUACUGUACUGUAUUUGUAAGUAAAUUUCCAAUGAGGAUUAAGGUUUCCCGUUCUGGCUCACUCAGAUCUUUAAUUCUACUCUUUUCCACGACUCAUUGGUGGUCAAAUUGAAUGAGUAUUAACAAGUUUAUGGGCGAUAUCGUCGAUUGGGUCUUUCAAGGAUGUAUGGAACUCAUGGUGAUUCGGAACCUUAGUUUAUGUCACUUGAUGAUUAAACCUUUAUACUAACUUAGCUGUGUCUGUAUAGUUACGAAUUAUCAUCAGUACCCACAGUCAUACGUCGGGUGUUAUAUUUACUACUACUGACUAAAUUUUUGAACUUUUGUGUAAAUGUAAGAAGGGAGUAAGUCACACCUGUACUGUUAUUGGGAGAAACUCAGUUCAUGGGAAUGGGUUGGGAAGAAAUAACUCCUAUUAAAGAGGUGUUGAAUUAGUGUUAUAUUGAUGCCGGUGUAUGUGUUAUCUCUUAUUACCAUUUUCAGAGUUGUGGAGGUUAGCUGUAGUCAUCAUCAGUAGAAGUUAGCUGUAGGGACAGUAGCCAUUAGCAGUGGAAGUUAGCUGUAAGGACGGUGGCCAUCAUCAGUGGAAGUUAGCUGUAAGGACUGUGGCCAUCGUCAGUGGAAGUUAGCUGUAAGGACGGUGGCCAUCAUCAGUGGAAGUUAGCUCUAGGGAUGGUGGCCAUUUCAUGUUCCUUACAUUCAAGUUUUACACAUGAGAGCAGAGUAUGGAAUCCACAGCCAUCAUUUAAGGGGUAAGAAAUAUCCAGCGCAGAAUUCUUGUAGAAAAAUUUACCUUUUAUUAUUAUUUCUUCCUGAGUGUAAAAUAUUGUACACACUUACUGUAUGCUGACUAGAACCUUACCCUGGCUGUAGCUGUAGUGUGUUAGUUAAGAGGAGGUCCAGCUGACACACUGAGGCCCUGUAGCUGUGAUAUAUGUAGAAUUGUGUAGAAAUUUAUAUUGUGAAAUUAAUGGUUUUUCUUAGUCUACUGAUUAUUGACAUUUAGCCAGUCUUGGGUAUAUGUUUGUUGGCAUAAGUUGUGGGUAUACAGUUGUGGGCAUACAGUUGUGGGUAUAAGUUAUGGGCAUACAGUUGUGAGCAUAUUGUUGUGGAUAUACAGUUGUGGCCAUAUGGUUGUGGACAUACAGUUGCAGGCAUAUGGUUGUGGGCAUACAGUUGUGUGUAUACAGUUGUGGGCAUAGGGUUUUAGAUAUACAGUUGAGGGCAUCAAGGCAUGGACAUACAACCAUGGCUAUACUUUGAGUCUAAUAAUCAGUGUUUCUUCUGACCACCUGACAACUGCUCAGCAUCAAGGCAUCCCUCUGGCCUCUGUGUAGUACUGUACCGCCGAGAUGAACACUUGAAGGCUGAUAUAUACCUCUGUACUCUACUGUAGGAGUUUGUUUGGUGUGAAGAGAUGGACUGUACUUGUAUAAUCUUCUCUAACUGAAUGUUUUAGUUAUCAUUUCCGCCAGUUAUCUGCUUACAAGCCGUGAUUGAGAAUUGGUAUUUAGUCACUUUGAACGAGGAUGGCUGACGAAGCCUUGAUAUGAUUAUUUCCUGUUUGGUCCUUAUCACAUGUUUGGUAGCGUCUCACUGUAUGGUGCCCUUCUCACAUAUGACCUGAGGCUUUGACCACUGGGAGUUUAUUAUCAUUAUUAUUUACAAAGUUCUAAACAUUAUAUUAUUUUCUAUCUUCAUUGCUUCAUAAUUUAAGUUCUACGGAAGUCUUUUGUUAGCGAGGCCCGAGGAAAUUGAUGUAGAAAUUCCAAUGAUAAACAGGAAUCCUAACCUAGCUACUGUAAUAAGAUAUUGCAGCACAGUAUAUAAUUGUUUAAAACCUCAGUAGGUAUAAUAACAAUUUGUCAGUUGUUGGUAUUCACUAGGGUGUGCUUAAUGUAUACUGUAGUAGUCUGUAGGGUAGUUGUAGCGGUAAUAUAUUGUAGAGCUAGUGUGCAGUGUGGAGUGAGUUUCGUGUUUAGGGGAAAUUCACUUGUAAGAGUUUUUUUUUUUUUUUUUUUUUUUUUUUUUUUUUUUUUUUUUUUUUUUGCCAGUCUUUCCUCCCUCACUCUUAACAUUUGCCAGCCCUCCCUCCCUCCCUCCCUCACUAUAACACACAGUAACUAGGAGGCCAGAACACACUCCCUCAAUCAUUGGUUCCGAGGUAAAAAUAUCGACACACGAUCAUUUUUCUCCUUCACCAGAAAUAUACGGUAAUUACUUUUAACAGUUUCACUUUGCGGUUGACUUUAAUUUUUGUGUUACAUAGCUCUCAGGAUGUAAAAGUACCGUGUAUAAAUGUCUCCGUGAAAACUCCCAUUGCGUCGCAUCUUGAAUUCAAAAUAACUACGUGCAUCUUCGGACAAAAUUCCCUCGACUCUCAUUGGUCGUAUAUACCUGGUGAUUCUUAUCUACCUUUGUAAAUUAUCGCAGAAUGAUAUAAAAACAAACGCUAUAGUACAAAUAAAUAUCAGAGUAUACAGUAAAUAGAUGUUAUAAUCACAGUCCCCUUACCAACAUGACCCUAAGUACACGACGAUGCCAGUUAUUGAGUGUUCGGGGAAUUUGGUCCACAAUUGUACGAUAUUUACACAAUUCUUCUUUUCAUAGUCCAUAAUAUAAGCAAAAUUUAAAUCUCCUAAAAUAAUUAUAAAAUAUGGACAGAUAAGAAAUGUAUGAAGAUUGGUGGAGGUAGGUGUGUGCGUGUGUGCGUGCGUGUUAAUUUGUAAUUUAUGGUAAUGAAUACUCUGGUAGAUAUGUAAGUGUAAAGUGAAAAAAAAAAAUAUAUUGGCCCUUUCUGUUAUAUUUACCUCUUGGGAUGUAUAUUGGUAUAAGAGUCUAAGUUUAAACUAAAAAAAAAAGAUAUUUUAACAUUAUCCUUCAUAAAGUUUUAAAAGUAUUAGUUUCUUUCAAUUAACCUAACCUAACCAAACUUAAGCUAGGUCAGGUUAGGUAAGGAAAUAUGCAGUGGGAUAAUGGAAAUGUGCUAAAUUAUUUACUAAAGCAAUUUUACACAAAGUAUUGGAUCAGUCAUGAGUGAAUCAAACAUGAAGUGACGUAAUGGUUAUAAAAAUGUGUAUGUGUGUUGUGAAUUACGGAGGUUAGAUUAUACGGAGGAGUUUCUGCUUGUGUCCGCUCAGCUGUCAUUGCGUGCUGUACUGUAUAGGGGUUUGUUAAAUUAUAGUUUACAUAGGUAUACAAUGAUACUCUUUACCUGGAUAAGCCUCACCUGUAGUGCAUCGUUACCAGACAGCUUCUGGUGGUGACGUCCAUUAUUAAAUACACCAAAACCUUUACCAUGCGGAUGUUAUUUUAAACUGGAAAGUGAUGUAAGUGGAAGCUGCCUCUUUUAAGUCUUCGUAACACUUAAGAGAUACGAACAUUGGACGUAACGACAUUUUCUUCUAAAACCGUAACCUGCAGAAAGUUUUAUUUGUUACGUAAAGGAUCGUCUUGACUUAAUUUGUAUUAGAGACGUAGAUCAACUUUUAAAAGGUUAUAUUUUUUACACUACGUUAGACGUAAAGUUAAUUCCUGAAGGUGUAGCGUAUAAGUUGACUGUGAUGUGUUCCUCAAGUAGGACUCGUUGGGUUAAUUCUUGCUCAUUAGUUACUCGUUCGGAUAAUCGUUUCUCAUUAGUUACUCCUCCUCGGGUUAAUUAUUGUUCUUUAGUUACUCGUUCGGAUACCAUAAUCAUUGUUCAUUCGUUACUCAUUGGGAUAAUUCUUGUUCAGCAGGGCCUUACCAUGCAAUCUUUUAUAAUCAAGUAUGUUAUCCUCACCUAGUUGAAAUAUCCCUCUUUAAUAUACUCAAGAACAAGUAUAUCGGAUAUAACGAGUGAUUUGGAUUGAAGCUAAUAUGUUAUUCAGGAUCAUAUUAUUUAACCGAGAACUUUAAAUGAUCCUAUACGUACUGUACUUCAGGACGUGUGAUAAAACCCCCCAAAAUCGGCAGGAAUAAAGUUUGAUCUUAAAUGUUUUUCGCAGCGAUUAACCUUUAUUGCUAUUGGUUUUUUCCCGUUUAUUAUACGUCAAAUGUCCUUCUGGAAUAAAUUAAUAACUGUAUUAUCCAAUGGGUGCUUGGCUAAUGCAUAUAUUACUUUUUUUGUGCUUUCCUUCCAUACUGUAUUGUGGUGCACAUGAUUCAUUACCUGUACUACCCAAUAAAGUUAUAUACAAC